AUGUCUGAAGCACCGCGAGCCCCAAUCUCUCGAUGGUCCCGGAUCAUAAAAUCUCGCAAAGCCAACAAGGCGACCGCCGCCACGCCCGAUCGGCGCACAAUCACUCCAGAAUCCACUGCUGGAAUUUGCAGCCGCCUGACCUUCUCGUGGAUCAGCCCUCUCAUCAAGCUUGGACAUGCUCGACCACUCGUUCAUGAUGAUGUCUGGCUCAUCGACAAUGAACGAGCGACGCGAAUUCUGUGCGAUGAGCUCCAACAAUCACUAUCUCAACGCGUGGCGCGAGGUCAGAAGCACGCCCUCGUAUUCGCGACCUAUCAUGCCGUGAAGAAGCACUUCUGGAUUGGUGGAGCUUCUCAAUUAUUGAACAGUGUGCUGCAGGCUAUGUCGCCGUUUCUACUCAGAUAUCUCAUUGAGUUCGCGUCAUCAGCAUACGUGGCCCGACAGAAUGCUACAGCCGGGCCAAGUAUUGCCAUAGGUAUUGGUUACGUGCUUGGUAUCACAGCAAUCCAGAUCAUCCAGAGCUUCGCAUUUGCACACUUUCUCUACCGAAGCCAACUUAUGGGUGGCCUUGUCCGAGCGAUCCUAAUUUCAGCAACGUUUGACAAGUCCUUGAAGCUUUCUGGAAAAGCAAGAUCAGGGAGCAAUGCUCUUUUAUCUUCUUCGGAAAAGACAGCCACAGAUGCUGUACAAGGCUGGCCCAAUGGGCGAAUCAUGAGUCUCAUCUCUACAGACAUCUCCCGUGUUGACCAAGCAUGUGGAACUUUUCAUUAUAUUUGGACGUCGGUGAUAGCCAUCAUUCUGACGGUCGGGCUGUUGAUAUACAAUCUUGGUGUCAGCGCAUUAGCUGGCGUAGCUUUCCUUGUGGUUGGUCUGGCAUUUGUCACGACUAUCGUGAAGCGCGUCGGAAGCAAGCGGGGUGCGAUUAACAAGAUCACUGACAAACGCGUCGGACUCACUGCAGAAGUGUUACAGAGCAUCAAAUUUGUGAAACUAUUCGCUUGGGAGAAUGCAUUUGCUGACAAGCUGAAGCAACUCCGUCUGAGUGAAACGUCUGCACUAUACGCCUUGCAUGUAAUGAAAAGCGCAAUCGGCUCGUUAUCGAUGGCUCUUCCCAUUUUUGCGAACAUGCUGACAUUUAUCACAUAUUCCCUGACAGGAAAUCAAUUCGAGCCGGCCGAGGUAUUUUCAUCGCUCGCAUUGCUGAACAGCUUGAGAAAUCCUCUCAACUGGGUGCCUGUUGCCUUGGGACAGGCAGUAGAGGCGUGGGCUGCUUUUGGUCGGAUUGAAUCCUUUCUGCUCGCAGACGAGAUGCCAGAGGAUUUCCGGGUCGCUGACGAACAAGAACAUGCACUUAUUCUUCGCAAUGCCUGCUUCACCUGGGAGCAACCCAUGAAGUCUGAUAUCGCACAGCAAGCUGGCAAGGUAGCCACUCCACGCAACAUGCGCAGUCUGAUUUCUGCCCUCAAGCCGAAAUCGAAGAGUGGAUCUGACAGCGGAAACACCUCCAGGUCUGAGUCGACGGCAGGUUUGGAGCUGCCUGCUCAAAUCUUUCAGCUCCGCGAUCUAGACAUAACCAUCGACAAGGGAGAGCUGAUCGCCAUUGUUGGGCCCGUUGGCUCAGGUAAAUCGUCGUUCGUCAACGCCUUGGCAGGAAAUAUGCGUCAGAUUGGCGGCACGCUCGAAUUCGGCCAGAACCUGGCACUAUCGCCGCAAUCAGCUUGGGUACAAAAUGCCACGAUCCGGGACAAUAUUCUUUUUGGCGCCUCUUUUGAUAACGAUCGUUAUUGGAGAAUCAUCGACGCUUGUGCUCUUCGAGCAGACCUAGAUUUGCUGGACGAGGGCGACAUGACCGAAAUUGGAGAGCGCGGUGUUACUUUGUCAGGUGGCCAGAAGCAACGUAUCAAUAUUGCUCGCGCGAUCUACGCCGACGCUGGAAUCACUAUCAUGGAUGAUCCUUUGUCAGCUUUGGACUCCCAGGUUGGCGCUCAUGUGUUUCGCGAAGCGAUCACAGGAUUUCUCACUGGUAGAUGUCGCAUACUUGUCACCCAUCAGACACAUGUUUUGCCACAAUGUGAUCGAAUCAUCGUUCUUCGUGACGGACGUGUUGCAGCUAUCGGGACGUAUGAUGAGCUACUUGCUUCAGAUCCUGGAUUCAGGCAGAUGCUGGAGUCAAAUUGGGCACAGAGCAGUGGAACAGAAGAGAAGGCCACUUGUACAGACGACUCAGCCACGAAGAAGGAAGUGACGACGACUAAGACAACAUUGAUGCAAGCAGACUCGACCUCGAAUCGGAAGGUCUCCUGGGCUGUGUACACGGCCUGGCUCCGUGCUAGUGGCUCUCUAAGCAAUGGUUUCACAAUCAUUCUAUUGUGCACACUGUUCCGCGCGGCGAACAUACUCACGAGUCUAUGGCUUUCAUGGUGGACUUCGGAUCAAUUCAACCUCGCUCGCGACACAUACAUCGGAGUCUAUGUUGCACUCGCCAUCAUCCAAGGCGUGCUGUUGUUCAUCUUCUUCAUGUUCACCUGCUUCAUGGCCACUCAUGCGAGCAACGGAAUGUCGCAAGAUGCCAUGUGGAAUGUCCUCCGGGCUCCAAUGUCGUACUUUGACACGACUCCGCUCGGCCGUAUCAUUCACCGAUUUUCCAAGGAUGUAGAUGUCAUGGAGAAUAAUUUGAUCGACGCACUGAGGAAUUAUCUUGUCGUGCUGAGCAUGAUCAUCGGCACUUUCAUACUGAUCAUUGCCUACUUCUAUUAUUUCACUAUCGCACUGGUCGUCCUAUCCGCCGUCUUCGUAUACACAGCAGCAUACUACCGCUCUAGUGCCCGCGAACUCAAGCGGCUACAGACCACUCUCGACGGCGUUGUCUUUGCACAAUACAGUGAGGCUCUGACUGGCGUGAGCUGCAUCCGUGCGUAUAGAGCUCAAUCGAGAUUCGUAGCACGGCUUGUCUCCGCUCUCGACGACAUGAACAGUGCUUACUUCCUGACAUUCGCAAACCAACGCUGGCUUUCAAUCCGAAUGGACGCCGUUGGUAAUCUGCUUGUCUUUGUGGUGGGAAUCUUAGUCGUCACAAACCAAUUGAACGUCGAUCCAAGCAUCUCCGGUGUGAUUCUGAGCUACAGUCUCAGCUUAGUCCAGAUUCUCCAAAUCACCAUUCGGUACUUCUCGGAUGUUGACAACGCCAUGGCCAGCACGGAGAGAUUACACGAAUAUGCAACGCAGAUCCCGCAUGAGGCGGCCUUAACAUCCGACGCUGUCCCAAACACAUGGCCUGAACAUGGUGCCAUAUCAUUCAACAAUGUCCAGAUGCGCUACCGUGAAGGCUUACCUCUCGUACUCCACGGCCUGACACUCCAGAUCGCAGCCGGAGAGAGGAUCGGUAUCGUAGGACGAACCGGAGCAGGGAAAAGUUCCAUCAUGACCACCCUCUUCCGACUCGUCGAGCUCUCUGCCGGCACGAUUACCAUCGACGACCAGGAUAUUUCCCAAGUCGGCCUGCACGACCUGCGCUCCCAUCUCGCCAUCAUCCCGCAAGACCCAACCCUCUUCCGCGGCACGAUCCGCUCCAACCUCGACCCCUUCUCCGAACACGACGAUCUCAAACUCUGGAACGCCCUCCGAUCCUGCCAUCUCACCUGCACGUCCAUCAGCAGCAGCGCCGAGAAAUUCUCCGAGGAAGACCAAUCCCCUUCUCCCACCAAAGGCCUGCACCUCGACUCCAUCGUGGAGGAAGAAGGUUCCAAUUUCUCCCUCGGCCAACGACAACUCCUCGCCCUAGCGCGUGUACUUAUUCGAGAUGCACGCAUCGUGCUCAUCGACGAAGGCACGAGUUCCCUUGACGCGGAAACCGAUGCGAAGAUUCAGAAGACGAUGUCGGAAGUCUUCCGCGGGAGGACAGUCCUAAGUAUUGCGCAUCGCUUGCGGACGAUUCUCGAUUUCGACCGCAUCUGUGUGCUGGAGGGAGGGAGAGUUGUCGAGUUGGGACCGGCGAGGGAGCUUUGGGAGAGAGAAGGUGGAGUUUUUAGGGGACUGUGUGAGAAGAGUCACAUUGGGGAGGCGGAUUUUGCGAUGGCGAGAUCUUGA